AUGGCCAAGGUGCUCCUGGUCAUCUUCAUCAUGGUUUAUCCAGGUGACUGUGCUCUCUGGGUGUCUCAGCCCCCCGAGAUUCAUGUGCAGAAGGGCACUACUGCCUCCCUGCCCUGCUCCUUCAAUGCCAGCCGAGGAAAACCGGCCAUUGGCUCUGUCACAUGGUACCAAGACAAAGUAACCCUGGGGAUGGAGUUGAGCAACGUGACCCCAGGGUUCAGAGGCUGCUUGGCCUCCUUUUCUGUUUCAUUGUGGUUCAUUGGGGACCACAAAGUAGGGCUGCUCAUACAGGACACCCAAAGCCAUGAUGCCGGAAUCUAUGUGUGUAGGGUGGAGGUGCUAGGCCUGGGCGUUGGGACGGGAGACAGGACUCUGCUGCUGAUGGAGAAAGGGCCUCCUCAGCAAGCCUCCAACACAGAGCAAGAGGCUCACACAGGUAUCCUUCUCUGGGCUGGAUUCUAAGCCCUCAGCUUUCUCUCUGUGGCCACGGGCAGCCCUACCAUCUAUUACCAGGGGAGAUGUCCUUGUCACAUGGAAAACAUGGCCACUCCUCCUGCAGCCUCUGAGAAUUGA